AUGCUGGAUAUACACGCCGCGUCGCUCUUACAGCUCUUCACCUGGUCUCUCGCGCUCGGGGUAUUCGUCGCGGUUUGCUAUUCCGUCUACACUCGCCUCGCAGAAACAUACGGUCCCGUGUUCACUCUACGGUAUGGCUCGCGCCGCCUCUGCGUGAUCACUCGGCACCAGGCCGCGACGGACAUCAUGGUGAAGCAGUCGCAUCAUCUUGCCGACCGCCCGCGUACCGUGGCCGCGGGCGAGCUUCUCUCGGACGGGAUGCGUGUGCUAACGCUGGGGGCGGGCGACCGCCUCAAGAAGUACAGGAGUGCGUUGCAUGCGACACUGCAGCCGCAGAAUGCGGCUCGGUACGAGCACAUGCAGAUGCAUAACGCGCGGACGUUUGUCCUUGAUCUGCUGCGCGACCCCUCCGAGUUUCUCAACCAUGCGAAGCGGUAUUCGGCGAGCGUGAUCAUGUCGAUUACGUACGGGAAGACGACGCCGACUUCGUACUCAGACCCGGAGGUCAAGCAGAUCAACCUUGGUUUGAAGCGCCUUGGCAACGCAGUGCGCCCUGGGGCGUACCUCGUCGACUCGUACCCUUUCCUCAAGUACAUUCCCUUCUUCACGUCUGAGCUCCGGCGCUUCCAUCGCGAAGAGCUUGCGCUGUACCGCAGCCAGCUGCAGGGCGUGAAGACGCGUCUAGCGAAGAACGAGUGUCCGCCGUGCUUCGCGACGUCCAUUCUGGAGCGCCAAGAGGAAUUCAACCUGACGGACGACGAGCUGGCAUACCUCGCCGGGUCGAUGUUCGGCGCUGGUUCCGACACCACCGCCGGAGUACUACCGGUCAUAAUCAUGGCUGCCGCACGGCAUCCUGAGCUGCAAGCCAAAGUACAGACGCAGCUAGACGCGGUUGUCGGCCGAGACCGGUUGCCUACGUUCGCAGACUGGGACGCGCUCCCGGAGGUUAGCGCCUUCGUGCAGGAGGUGUACCGGUGGAGGCCAGUUACGCCGUUAGGCUUCGUGCAUAGAGCAACGAAGGACGUGGUUUGGAAGGACUAUGUGAUCCCAGAGGGAACAGAGGUGCUCGCGUGCCACUGGGCCAUCGCGCGCGAUCCGGACGUCUAUCCGGAACCGGAAGCGUUCAAGCCAGAUCGCUGGUUGGACGAGAAGGGUAAGAUGAAGGAGGAUCUCAAGUUCUUUAACUGGGGGUUCGGACGGAGAAUCUGCCCAGGCUUGCAUGUGGCUGAGCGGUCGGUAUUCAUCAACACGGCAUUGACUCUGUGGGCGUUCGAGAUCUCGGAGGACCCGGCGCAUCCGGUCGACACGAUGGCGAUCAUGGACGGCGCACUCGCCCACCCAUAUCCGUUCGUGGUGCGGUUCAAGCCAAGAGUUGCGAAUUUGCAGGAGAAGAUACUGGCUCACCACGAGUGAUCCGCAAUUGCGUACACUGUGUUACUGAUAUCAUUACACCAGGUUACAACACU